AUGAGAGUGACUGCCAGAGUUGUAAAGGCAUGCAGUAGAAGAAGCUUGAAAGCGUUGGUGGAAGACCUGUCAGUAGAGGAUUUGAAGAAAGCAGAGUGUUUGUGGGUUAAGGAGCUUCAAAAGCCCAUGUUGACACUACUAAGAGAAAACAAGUCAGAAUUUGACAAAAAGUAUGCCACAUUGGGCCCCAGACUGAGAGAAGACGAGGUUAUAGUAGUAGGCGAUAGAAUCAAGAACCACGUACAUUUUAGUUACAAUCAUGAAACUGUACAGUUGUUGCCAUGUGAUCAUCCUGUUACCAGAUUAAUAGUUGAAAACGUACACGCUAAAGGACAUACAGGGAUAUCAGCAACAGUUGCGAAAGUAAGAUCACACUACUGGGUGAUUAGAUUGAGGCAACUAGUGAAGCGCGUAAAGCAUGAUUGCAUCCCAUGUAGGAGAUUUGAGAAGGAAGCGGCGGGGCAGCAAAUGGCGACCGUCCCCAUCCACAGGUUGAAGCCAUCUCCACCAUGGGCUUACAUCGGGAUCGAUUUAUUUGGGCCAUUUGUGGUUAGAGGAGAAGUGCAAAAGAGAACCAGAGGCAAAGCCUAUGGAGUCAUUAUUAAUUGUCUCGUCACACGAGCAAUUCAUUUGGAUAUAGCAUCAGACUACAGCACAGAAGCAUUCUUACAAGUGUUCCGCAGGUUUGUGUCGGUAAGAGGAUAUCCUAAAAAAGUUUAUACCGAUUGUGGUACGCAGCUCAGUGCUGCUGACAAAGCUUUGAAGGGCUUCAGGGGCGAGCAGGGAGUCAAAUGGAAAUUUACAACGCCCAACGCACCUUGGCAAAAUGGUGUGACCGAGAAUUUGUUGAGAGGG